GGAUCCUAGUCCUCACUGAGAUUUUUCUGCUCCCCUGCACUUUGCCUUCUUCUCUUCUCCUGCAUGGUGUGCCUUUGGUUCCCCCCAGGCUCCUGGACAGUAAUUCUGCCAGUGAUACUGAUGGUGCUGAGCCCGCUCCUGGCCUGGGCUGGAAGCAACCGAACACUCUUCAUGGUGCAGGGCAAGUCCGAGUGUCACUUCGCCAACGGCACGCGGCACGUGCGCUUCCUGGACAGGUACAUCUACAACCGCGAGGAGCAGGUGCGCUUCGACAGCCUCGUGGGCGAGUACCGCGCGCGGACCCAGAUGGGGCGGCCGGCGGCCGAGCGCUGGAACCGCUGGCCCCACGCCCUGCAGCGGGCCCGCGCCGCCGUGCGCACCUUCUGCGCCAGCAACUACCGGUUCUUUGCUAGCCUCACGGUGCAGAGGAGAGGUGAGCCGGGGGCGGGGCAGAGGGCGUGUGNGGCCGGGGGGCCGGCUCUGAGCUGCUCCUCACGCCCCCUUCCCGGGCCGGAAUCUGCCCGUCUGUCCGGCGGCCUCUCCGCCCCCCGCAGGCGCCGCCUCUGA